UUUACCGAUCUCCCCACCUUCGUACGGAGCAGCUCGCCGUGACACUUGCGUUCCUAACAAAGUUCUAAACAAAAAUGGCCGAAGAAACCGAAACUCCGACAAUAACAACAGCAUCAGGAUCCGAGAAACAUCUCAAUCCGUCUUCUAAUUCUUCUCAAUCCGAUCCUAAGCAGUUACCUCCAUAUCCAUUCUAUGGGUUCACAGCACCAAAUGGGGAACACCCAAUGUUUCCAAUCAUGUACCCAAUGCUUGUUCCUCCACAACAGGGUCAGGAUCAGAUGGAUCAUGGAGCAGGAAUCUACGCUGUUCCCACUUUUCCAAAUUCAUUCAUGGGACCCGUUGCUGGAAUUCCAACUAAUACUCUCAUCCCUUUUACUUACAAUAUCCCUACUGGACAAAGUCCUACUGAAGGUGGAACAGGGGGUGAGGAGGUCGGGCAGGUCGGGCAGCAACAGCAGGGGGCAGGACAACAAAGACAAGUUGUGGUUCGGAGGUUUCAAAUUGCAAUUCAUCUUGAUUUGAUGCUGAUUUUAAAGCUGGCAGCUGUUAUUUUCCUCUUCAAUCAAGAUGGCUCAAGGAAAAGGCUUGUCCUGCUCAUAUUCUUUGCCUCACUCAUCUAUCUGUAUCAGACGGGCGCUCUCGCACCAUUAAUACGGUGGCUCUCACAAGGAAUGCAAAGGGCGGGUGCACCUCCACAACAAGGUAGACCGGGCGUUAGGGCAGCAGAUCUCAUCCCUCCAGCUGCAAGGCAAGAACAUGAAAAUCCUCCUUUGCCAGAUGGACAAGUUGGAGGCGAAAAUGAAAACCAAAACCGUGAAGGUGAUGUGAAUGAAGAAGGUGAAGUUGAUAAUGGAAACAAUAAUCGAUGGUGGGGAAUUGUGAAGGAGAUACAAUUGAUUGUUUUUGGCUUCAUUACUUCUCUUCUCCCUGGAUUUCACAAUAUCGAUUGAAUUUUAUUAUACACCAAUAUUGUUAACGAAUUAGGGUUACUUUUUUAAGGGAAAAAAAAAAUAGGAAGGUUUCGUUUAUAAAUUCAAUGGAUGUCAUGAUAUAUAUAGGUAUGCUAUUUCUUCCAUUUUUCCUUGUAUGACAUAUUAUAAGACUUAUUAGUGCUCUUUUCAGAUCA